AUGACGGCCGCAGGGCUCCGCAUUGCCGUGUGGACAUCUUGGGUAGAGCCGUCCUCUGUAGCCCAAGCUGUGGGCACAACCGACGUCUCGUGGGCUGAGGGCCUUGUUCCCUCCUGCGGCUCAGCGGAUUCCUACACCAGCAGGCCGUCCGACUCCGAUGUGUCUCUGGAAGAGGACCGGGAGGCGAUUCGGCAGGAGAGGGAGCAGCAGGCCGCCAUCCAGCUGGAGAGAGCCAAGUCCAAGCCCGUGGCAUUCGCUGUGAAGACGAACGUGAGCUACUGCGGCGCGUUGGAUGAGGAUGUGCCCGUCCCGAGCACAGCCAUUUCCUUUGAUGCCAAGGACUUUCUCCACAUUAAAGAGGUAAACGUGGGACUCUGCGUCCCCCGAGCUCCAGGAGGCGAGGGCCAGAGCCGGCUCUGA